UGUUAUAACAUGUAUAUAAAUUCAUUGAUCACUGGCCAUGUUUACCUAUUCUUCGCUUUUAAUACAUUUUAAUAGAUAUAUAAAUAGUUACCAUGGUAACCACUGGCUGCACUGGAGUAGGUGACGCUGAUAGAUGACCAGUCAUUGUUUGUGAAAGGAUAAAUAUAAACAUACUGUCUUCUUACUCAUAAAUCGCGUAUACAACUUUUUAAAUCUCUUAUUCGUAAGUGAAUCGUGAAUCGCUCGAAUAAUUCAAUUCGGAUACAAGUGAUGUUUAGUAUGUGCCGAAAAAUAAUUCGGAUUUUUGGUUUAUUUUUUCAAAACAGGAUGUUUGAACUUGGAUGUUUGGAGAAAAACAAACCCAAUAUCCAUGUCAUGUUCCUAAAUUAAUAGCCUUUUGUAUUGAAAUCGGAUAGACUGUUAUUUAACAUGGUAUCGUAUAAACCGAAUUUUUAAACAUCGCGUUGAGAAACUUGAAUACUGUCAUAAUAUUAUACUAGUUGGAAGAUCAAAAUUUUUCAAAUCUCAUAAAGCGAUAAGGCAGAAACACCAAACUAGUUUGGCACGGUGUUGCGAAGUGUUUUUGAUUAAAGUUAUUAAGUAUAGGAUUUUUAAACUUGUGUACGUUUGAACUGUGUAUUUAUCAGUUCUUUCUGUAUAUAUGAUAAACGGAGUUACCAAUAUUUUGAGUUAAAUGAGUUAACAAAUGGCAACCUCCAGAUGCUCUCAUUCAUCGAGAGAUCUUUUCAUCUUCAUCUUAUGUGUGGCCUCGUUGUCUGUCCUCUUCAACUUCCAAAUAAGUUAUUAUGGUUCAAAGACCUUCGUUGACCAACGACAACCACUUGACGAGGUGCUUCGAGGUCAGCUCGUACGUGAACAAAGCGGUAGAUACGAUGUUAAAAUAUUUGGACGUUCCUUAAAUCAACAUGAAGCUGACUUGUUGAAAAGCAGGUCAGCUGAAAGAAUUGAAUUACUUACGAAACUGAAUGAGCUAGAGAAAAGAUUACUGAAGGUCAAUCAUCAUGUUGUAGCUGUGAAAGAUGAUGGGGCUGAAACUUCUGGUAACGGCCUGAUAAGUGGACUCGGGCAACUUGAUAUAAAGAAAAUUGAGAAAAAUGACAAAGCCCUCUCAUGGAUCGAUAAUGACACUGUUGUACAAGGCAAUUGGUCGGUCCUAUUUUGUUUCGACAGAAAGUGCCCAACGAUUCAAACUGAUAUUUCACAAAAGAUUGACAGAAUACCGGCUCUUAUGGCUGUUAUACAGUCUCCAAAGAUAAUGUGUUCAAUAAACAAGAAAAUUGAAAAAGAUAAUGGUCAAUGUGAACCAUUCAAAUGUAGCAGUCAACUAAAUGAAAGCACUGUUGUUAUUACUGGAAACACAAUACAUUUUAAUAAAUCAAGCAAAGUUCUCUGCCAAAGACAAGUCGGCACCCUCAGUGCUCCCGAAUCGUAUAUUUGGUAUCUACCAGGAAGAACUAUGUUGUUUCCACACGGACAAGUACUAAGACUACAUAGUAUUAUAACUUCAGUCUCCCCACUGAGGUUUUUCGUUCAUCCUGAAAUGUUAACUGGUUCAUUACAAGCAUUGGAGCAUCCAUCGUUAUUUAAAAAGCUGUCUAUAGAAGACUUGCUACAGUAUAUUUCCGAGGUUUAUGGUCUUGGUGUAUCAUCAAGAUGGUGGACGGAGGUGCAGAGGAAAUUACUUCUUUACCUCAUACAUCUAGAAGAUGAGAUUUUGAAAUAUAACAACGUAUAUAAAACAUGUAAGCGAUGUUUCCAGUCUCUUAGUAUCAGCAUUGUUUGUCCGUCUGUACAGCAUUGUCAGAUUAUCCAGAUCGUAAAUGAUCAAAACAUGAAUCCAGGGAUUAUGGCAAGCACGUUUAAGUUGGUAACUUCGCAAAUUCAGGUUUCUGAAGAAAUUGAGCGUACUUUGAAACAAUCAUCUAUAGAGGUUUGUGAAAGCACAUCAUUUGAUGAACAAGAACAAGAUAGCCAGCUAGAUUGUGUGUCUGAAGAUUAUUUGAUGUAUCUUUUAGAUUCGAGGAGAGAGAUAAAAAGUGCUUCUGAGUUUAUUCCGAUAUAUCCAUCUGUACUUGGAUGCAAGGAAUUAAGCAGAGGAGAUCCAUUGACAGUUGUAAAAAGUGACACGGUGAAUUUGAAUGCUAUUACAAGAACUCUAGGGGAGAUAUUUUUGUGGGCUGAUAAGCCAUCCACUGAAUCUCAGUAUUUAUUGGACGAGGUCAACGACGAUUAUAUUGACAUGAGAUUAACUAAACAUGGAAGAAAUAUCGGCGAUCUGGCAGUGCCUUGUAGUAAUGAUCCACAAGACUGUGGUAAAAUUGACGAAAUUGUUAUUUACCCAAGUGCAGUUCUAGACGAAGUGUCAACCAGUUAUUACAAUGCUACUGUGGGCUACAAUACAAUCCUCGUGAGAAUAAUGGGAGUUUCUAAAAGUUGUAAAUGCCAAGUGAGGCUUGAGAACAAAUAUAAUGACCCUGGUGCACGUAAUAUAACUUUAGGAUUAGGGGAUAAUAAGAUCAUGUUAUAUGUAGUUGACACAACAGGAACAGAUAUGAAUAUUGUAAACACAGUAACAAUUAACAUAAGGAGACAGCACCGAGGAAUAACCGAGCAACAUUAUAAUGAAAAGAUGAUGAAAAUGUGUGGUCUGAAACAGGACUGUUCUCUAAAAUUUAACAAUGAGGAAAAAUGUGGUCUCAUUGAUUUGAAAAGCCCUUGGCUAAGCAAUAACCGGAAAAGUUUGAGUCAAAGGAGGUGUUCAUCUGGCGAUCAUGAAGCACAAUGGGUUGUUCCUUGUAGAAGUUGCUCCAAUGACAAAGAAUGUUUCUGGGAGAACGCUAGAUGGGAACCACGUGACUGUCAAUAUGAACAGUUGUCAGCGUCUCGCCUUAAACAGUGCCUUGCAGGAAAGAAACUUCUGUUCAUCGGGGACUCUACAAACAGAGGGGUCUCGAAUUAUAUUAUAGAGCAAAUUAAUGGGUCCUUGUAUGACUGGGAUAAAACACACAGUACAAGGGUUUAUUCAAAUAUAAACCACGACAGAACACAGUUUACGUUUGCAUACUAUCCACAUUUUUGGCUGCCGGCCGACCAUCGACCCAGGUUCAGCAAAGUUAUUUAUCAACUUAUUAAAAGCUCUUUACCACUGGAAAACAACUCGAACACAGUUCUUGUGGUGGGCGGUGUCCAGUGGCUUGCGAAACAGCAUAUUGAUCUUAUUGUAGAAGCUUUACAACGGAAGGGUUUAUCUGGCAUCACAAAAGCUGUGAAAGGUCUGGGAGCUGGCUUCCACCAACCUGUAGAAAAUGUCCGAUACGUUCCAAAGUCGGAACAUGUUCAACUUCAACAAAGAGAGACUGACGUUUUAAACUAUGCAAAGAGCAAAGGUUUUCAUGCUGUAUCAACAUUUAAUAUGACUAUUUCACGAUAUAAAGAUUUCCUGGAAGGAAAUUGUGCAUGUCAUUUUCACAAGGUGAAUAAGCAUGGUUCAAUGCGAGAAGGGUUCCAUUACACGGUCGAAGGGAAUUUAAAUGCUGUUUAUUCACAGAUAUUGUUGAAUCAAAUUUGCCACGUGCCUUAGAUGUAGAAUAGGUCAACGCCAUUAUUUCCCAAAUAAAUAUCAAAGUAUUGUUCCUACUUCAGCAUUAUUUAAAAUGUUUUUUAUGCAUUGUUAACUUUAAUCAUUAAGUUCAAUUUCAUGUUUUCCUUGUACAUUGUGGGGACGCGAUUCUCUACAUCAAAUGUGAUAAUUUUUUUUGCUACAUGUUUGAGACAAACUUUUUGUAUUUAUAGUUUUAUUGUUAUUAUUGCAAAGCAAGUUUGUUUGAAUGUUGUUUUUCUUUUUGUCCAAGACUUCACAUAACACAUAUGUAUAUUUUGAAGCUAAAAUGAUGCUUUGUUUACUACAAUUGUUCUAAUGGUUGGGACACUAGAUUGGUUUAAUUUGAUACCAUAAGUUAUCAUGCUUUAGAUAUGAUUUUCAUGUGCUCCUACAAAUAUAAAUACACUUCAAGUCAUGAAAGGAACAAGUUUAUUAUCAAUUUUGCGUUUUCUGCAAUCGAUCCAAAACCUUUAAUUUGUUAAUCUGCUUAAGCUAUCAAACCUUUAACUCAGCCUAUAAUGAAUAUAUCAUCAUUUCAGUACAAGCAACGCAAAGUCCAUCGUCGGUUACCCACGGUAUACUGUAUUCCGUACAUACAACAUAUUAAUUUAUACCAAAUACGAAAUAUAUACCGUGGGUAACCAACCUAGCACUACACUGCUCGUUUCUUUAUUUUUUUCUUUCUUAAAAAAGAUAAAUAUAUAGGAUAUAAACGGAUACAAAAAGGCGCCGUUGAAAUAUAAGCUUUACUACUGAUUACAUACAUGUACAGUUAAACCUGUGUUAAAGACGACAUCCUUAUAAAGAUCACUUUCGGACAAACGUUUAUUGAUUACAUAGAUCAGAACAAUCUCUAAAUACAGACCACUUGUCUAUAACAGCAAUGUUUUGGUUCUUCAUUGCGAUGGCCUUUGUUCACUGGUUUGACUGUACAUGUUUACCACUGACACGUUCUACUACCGAAUCGAAUCCUUUAAUCCAACCGUUUACAGUUUAACUGCAGAUAAUAUUUUUACCAUUUCUAUAUAUCCUACCACUGACAUAGUUUACAACUUAUAAUAAACACAUUUUAUUCCAUUCUAAAUAUCGCAUUUUUACGUUAUUAAAUGUUGAAUUAGAAUACAAUCGAUCAACUCAAAAUUGAUUUGUAAUCAGUCUUAUGUACAAUCUUUUAUAUAUUAAAUUUAGACCUGGCUGUAACAUUAAGAAGAAAUUUAGUUUACUAGGUUUCAAACAAAUCAAAUUCUAAACUUGACAAGGAAAAAAUUCAAGGAAAAGUUAAUAGUUUCCCUGGUAAAUAAAGUAUAUAGAAAAAACAUACAUUAAGUUGCAUACAAGUUCACUUCGAUCUACAUGCAAAUUUGGAAUGGUCUUAUAGUGUAUUUACAAGCAUAUUUCUGCUGAAAUUAUAAUUAACUUUCUGAGUAUGACAAUCAGUGACUUUGAAGUAAAGCAAUAGAAUAUUUCAUCUUUAGAGAAAUAUGAGCCGCGCCAUGACAAAACAAACAUAGUGCGUUUGCGACCAGGAUGAAUCCAGACCAGCCUGCGCAUCCGCGCAGUCUGAUCAAGAUCCAUGCUGUUCGCUAUCAGUAUCUCUGCUUGUAAUAGGGUUUUGUAAGCGAACAUCAUGGAUCCUGAUCAGACUGCGCAGAUGCGCAGCCUGGUCUGGAUCCAUGCUGGUCACAAACGCACUAUGUUGGUUUGUGAUGGCGCGACUCAUAUGUCUUUUCAUUUUGAAAUUCUUUGAAUCUGUUCGGAUUUAAAGGCAGUACAUGUAUAACGAGAUGAAUAUGUAAUUAUAUUUUUAUAACUAUUUAUUGUUGUUAAGUUUGUUAUAUUGUUGAAAUAAAGAGUUUGAAAAAGA